AUGUUAUUCAACACACUUAAGUAUAACUUCGACUGGGAAUCCGUUACGUGCGGGUUCUGGCGUAAAUCUCCCAGCAAAUACCUCCCUUAUAUUAACAAUGUCUAUACCAUCAGUGCAACCGUUCACCCAGACCAAAAAUGUUUAAAGGUCCACAGGAUGUACCACGUCAAGUUCAACUUCCCAUACUUGAUAAAGAAAGUCAUCGGGAAUAACCAAGAGUACUACCUUCUUGAGGAAUCCAUCGUCGACUUGGAUAAACGGAAAUUAUCCUACAACAUAGAAGGAUUCUCACCAGACUACUACAUGUAUUCUGAAUCCGCUUCUUUCGAAGAGUCUUCAAAUCCGGGCGUCACUGACUUUUCAUCAUCAAUAGAUAUUAAGAUUAGAGGCUUCGGAAUUAUGAACCUUCCGCUUGAAAAGUUUUGUAAAAACGCUAUUUUCGAGUCAAUAUCGAGAUCUAACGAUUUCAACGCGAUGGUAGAAAGCAUAUCAUCAUGUCUAUCAGAGUCUCACGUUAAAACCUAA